AUGCGGUCGGCCUCCGGCCAGCUCGUCGCCGCGCUGCGGCCCUCCCGAGGAGCACCCCGGCGGACGGACCCGCUGCUUCCCCGCUCCCGACCGCCCCGGCCCAGUCGGAUCCGGGCGCUGCCGCCGCUGCCCCGGGGCUGGUCCCCGCGCGCGACGCGCUCACUCAGCGGCAUCCAGGCGAGCAUCAGCCGGCCCCCUCUCCGUGACCCCCCACGAAGGGGCGUCCCCUCCGGGAGAAGUUUCCAAAACUCCCCCCCGGGGCGCGGAGCAAACUUUCCCAUCAAAGUUACAGGAAUCCGCGUCCGGCGGAGCCUCGAAAGCCCCGCGACGCUCCGGCUCCGCUCGGGGGCUUCCGACGACAGAGAGCUUGGGGGGAAGGGCCCCGCGGCUCCCUCGGGUGCCCCAGGCGCAGAGGCCGGGCGCCGGCCCGAGGAGCCCCCCGGGUUCGGCAGGGAAGGGGGAGCGGGCCCGGGAGGGGGCCGCCGCCGCCCCGUUACUCGGCGCUCGGCAAUGGCGCCCGCCGGGCCUCGGCCCCUUCCUGCCCUUCCGCGCCGCUCACUGGCUGUGCCGCUUCAUGUAACCAAACACCCCCUCCCAGGUCCGGCCCGGUCCCUUUGUGUGAGUCCGUCCGCGGGUUCGUUCGCAGCGAACGCCGCCGAGCCCCCAACGCUACCGCGGCCCGCCCCGCCCGACCCCGCCCCGCCGCCGCCACCGCCGCCGCCGCCGCCGCGGCCCCGGGCUCACCUCAGGCUCCGCCGCCCCCCGCGCCCGCGCCCGCGCCCGCGCCCGCGGCCUCCGCCUCCUCCGCUGCCACCGCCGCCGCGACCCCGGCCCCGAACCCCGGCCCCGGGCUCCUUGUGCCGCACCAGCUCCGCCUCCUCGGCCGCCGCCGCCGCCAUCUUAGCCUGUGCGGCAAAACGCGUCCUUUGGGAUGGAAGGGACCCAGCCUGGGGCGCCGCGGUCGGGGCCCCGGCUCCGGGGACGGCCCCGCCCGAGUCCUUCCGCCCCCCUCAGGCCCGCCGCCGCCUCAGCCCCAGGGCCCGAAACCCGCUCGAGGGCCGGCGAAUCCGACCAAAUCCCCCCCCAAAAAAACUCACAGUUUGGUGCCGUGUGCGUCAAACCGAGGCGACGUUGCGAGCGCGCAGCGUCCCCGCGUCACACGCCGCCCUGUACGCGCCGCGCCGCUCCUCGGCUCGGGGAGUGGGGGGGGGACCUCCCUCCGCGAGCGCACCGAUGUGCGCCUCUGGCCCCGGGAGCGCUAGCGCGCAGGCGCGCCGCUUUCCCGCUUCAGCCCUGCCGGCCGGCCCCUCUGCCGAGCGCGAACUCCUCGGCCGCCGCCUCGUGCUAGACGAGCUGCCGCCCGGGCUGCUCACCUCUGGCUGCCCACCCCCGGCUGCCCUCGGUGGCCUGUUGAGGACCGAGGUGGAGCGGAGCCACCUUCCGUUAGGAGGGCUGCCCCGCCAACCACGGCCCGGCACGAGGCCCAAAGUUCCUUGGCUGCCAAAGGCGAAGCCCAGCCGGGAGCCCAAGCCUCGACCUUGGGAUGUGGCCAAGAAGAGUCACUUAAAAAAAAACCUUCGAGUUAUCUAG